AUGGGUCACUUUAAUUUCCUAUACUUGCCGACAGACCCUCCUGUCGCCAGGUCAUUGACCUCCGAAGUAUCUCGUCCGUCGGAAGAACUCGAAGUCGUCACAACUGCGAUCUCAAUCCUGGAAAAUGGCAAUUCUUCUUCCAGCACGAUUCGCGCUACCCUCGAAAGCUCUCGAGGCCGGGCACUAGCAGCACCCAAUGAGCCGCAGGACCACCUGAAAGUACAGCUGCAAGGUUCCACAGCGGAUUUGGAGACCGUUUGGACUGCCCUGUACUGGUACUUCCAGUAUACGAGCGAUGUGGCAGUCGGGGUACCCAAAGGCAGACCUGUUCCGGAACGAUGCGUGGAACUUAUUCUCGAGUCGGAUGCGCCCAGUCGUCCUUCGGAACUCGCUGCCCGACUAGAGCGUCUUGGGCUCGUGGAUAUUCAAAUACAAGCGGAGAAACAAGUGCAUCUGGUUUUCGCCAAUGUCUUCUGGCAAUUGUCCCCGGAGCUUUUUUUGUCGAGCCUCAAUGCCCACCGGUAUCUCCCUGCUAAACCACUCCGGUACACUCUUUCAAAUGGCGCCAUACGUCAUCCGAACCGACCCCGACCCCCCCCUCAACGGCUUCCCUUCUACACUCGUCAUUGUAUAUCGGACAAAGUGAACUCGGUUUUCAAACUCAGGCCUGUUGACAUGUCCGACCUCGAUUUGAUCCACAAAUGGAUGAAUAACACGAGAGUUUCCGAAUUCUGGGGCGAACAAGGCCCAAUCGAGCACCAGAAGAAAUUCUUAGAAACGUGUCUUGCCAGCAAACAUUCUUUCACCGCCAUCGGGAGCUGGAACGAUCUAGACGCGGAAGGUAACCUUACAGGCUGGAAAGAUGCUUGCUUCUUCGAUAUAUACUGGGUGAAGGAAGAUCAUCUCGCCCGUUAUGCAAAUAGCGUACAAGACUGGGAUAGAGGUGUUCAUCUUCUAGUGGGAGAGGAUUGGGCUAGGGGAAGGUCCACCGCGUGGCUUGAUUCCAUAGUUCACUUUAUGUUUCUUUCCGACCCCAGGACCCAGUCCAUCUAUUUGGAACCUAGAGUGGACAACGAGUUGUUCAUCCGGUUAUUAACUCGUUAUGGGUUUUAUAAAGUCAAGGACUUCGCAUUCCCCCAUAAACAAGCAGCUUUGAUGAAGCUUGACCGUGAUCAUUGGAAAGGUUGCCGUUAG